AUGUCAAUUCAUAGAUCGGAUAAAGUUGAUUUCACUCAAUUACCUCAUCAUUUUGAUGAUAAAGUAACUUUAGCAGUUAUUGGAGGUACUGGAUUAUAUGAUUUACCAAAUUUACAUCCUGUGGCAAGAUUAACCAUUUCUACUCCUUGGGGAUUCCCUUCUGGCCCAAUCACAAUUUCUAGAACUGAACUGGGAUUCCCAGUUGCGUUUUUAGCGAGACAUGGACCACAUCAUGAUUUAUUACCUUCUGAUGUCCCCAAUAGAGCUAAUAUUGCUGCUUUGAAAAGCUUAGGAGUUAAAGCUAUUAUUUCAUUUUCAGCUGUUGGUUCAUUACAACCAGAAAUUAAACCUAGGGAUUUUGUAUUACCUACUCAAAUCAUUGAUAGAACUAAGGGAAUCAGACCAUCUACUUUCUUUGAACAUGGAUUUGUUGCUCAUGCAAUGUUUGGUGAACCAUUUGAUUUAAGAUUGAAUAAAUUGAUUAGUGAUCAUAUUCCUUCUAGUGGAUUCUUAGAAGGAGAACAAAAUUCUCAUAAUCAUGCUCCUAUUUUACAUAGUAAAGACCAUACCAACAAUGGUGAAGAUUUAACUAUUAUUUGUAUGGAAGGUCCACAAUUCUCAACUAGAGCUGAAUCAAAAUUAUAUAGAACUUGGGGUGGAUCAGUUAUUAAUAUGUCAGUGUUACCAGAAGCUAAAUUGGCAAGAGAAGCUGAAAUCGCUUAUCAAAUGAUUUGUAUGUCUACUGAUUAUGAUUCUUGGAAUGAAUCAGAAGAACCAGUCACCGUGGAAACUGUUGUUGGUAAUUUAAAAGCUAAUUCUGCUAAUGCUUGUAAAUUAGCGGCAAAAUUAAUUGACGUGGUUGCUGAACAUGGUGACGAAUUGGGUUCAGAAUUGGCAGGGUCAAUGAAAUUUGCAGUUAGUACUAAUCCUAAUGGAGUCAAAAAGGAAUUGUUAGAAAAGAUGCAUUUCUUGUUCCCGGGAUAUUGGCCAAUUCAUUGA